AUGAAUUUCGUAGGCGCCAGCCGCGAGCUCCAAACACAGGUGAAGCAGAUGAACGAGAAGCUUUCAGCGGUGUUCACGAACGCUACCACUAAGUGGAUAUUCAAUCCACCCUCAGCCCCCCACAUGGGUGGAUCCUGGGAGCGAUUAGUGCGCUCUGUGAAGGUUGCUUUCGCUGGACUUUCGAUUACCAGGAAUCCCGAUGACGAAACAUUGCUGACGCUGAUGACCGAAGCUGAAGGAGUAAUUAAUACACGCCCGCUCACGUUUAUGCCGUUGGAGAAUGAUUCUCAGGAAGCCCUAACUCCUAAUCAUUUUCUCCUGCUCAGCUCUCAAGGAGUGGCUCAGCGUCCAGAACCUCUAGUGGACCGAGCUGAAUUCUUGAGGAACAGUUACAGCUUCAUGAAGGGACUGGUAGAUGAGUUCUGGCAUCGAUGGAUUAAGGAGUAUUUGCCGACCAUCGCCGUUCGCACGAAGUGGAUUGAAGACUCCAGGGAUUUGCAAGAGGGUGAUGCUGUUAUCGUCGUAGACGAAUCUACUAGAAAUGGAUGGCUUCGCGGACGAGUGCUGUCCGUGGUGAAAGGAUGCGACGGGCGAGUCAGGCAAGCCUACGUCAGGACCUCUACGGGAGUUCUACGCAGACCCGCUUCGAAGAUUGCAGUGUUGGAGAUCCAGAGCGGUCGAGGCGAAAAGGACUUGGGUAACACUGGACAGCCGGAGUCCUCUGACCAGUAUUACGGGUCGGGGGAUGUUGGGAGCACUACGCCACUGCUCGCCGAAACAGAUGAAAAAGUCAAAAGACUUGACAGCCAGCUUGUCAAGGAGCAGUGA